AUGGCACGUCACAACGGUACCCGGGUGACAGAGUUCGUCCUCCUGGGCUUCACUUCCCGCCGUGACGUUCAGCUGCUUCUCUUCUGCAUCUUCCUACCCAUCUAUCUCCUCGGCGUGGCGGGGAACCUCGGCUUGUCCGUCCUGAUCCGGGCCGAACGGCCCUUGCACACGCCCAUGUACUACUUCCUGAGCCACCUGGCCCUGAUGGACCUGUGCUCCUGCUGCACCGUGGCCCCCAAGAUGCUCGUGGGGCUCUGGAAAGGCCAAGACACCAUCCCCCUCCCAGCUUGCGCCUUUCAGAUGUUCUUCUUUGCAGCUGCUUCUGAUGCCGAAUGUUGCCUGUUGGCUGCCAUGGCUUACGACCGCUACGCGGCCAUCUGCCGCCCGCUCCACUAUGGAACGGCCAUGCCACAGCGCCUCUGUCGCCUCCUUGUGUCAGUGUCUUAUGCGGCAGGGGCCGCCUCCGGGGCCAUCCAUUCGAGCAUGGCCUUCCGCUUGCCCUUUUGCGGAGCCCGCACUCUGGACGACUUUUUCUGUGACAUCUCUCCGGUGCUGGCUUUGGCCUGUGCCAACACAGACCUGAACCAGCUCCUGCUGUUGGCGGUCUGCGGGGCGAUCCAGAGCGUCACUCUAGCGGCCAUCAUGGCUUCCUACGGGAUGAUCCUCUGUACGGUGGGGCGGGCGGGCUCUCAACGGGCCAUAUCCACCUGUGGCUCCCACCUGACAGCCGUGGGGGUGCUCUACGGCACCCUCAUUUUCAUGUACCUGCGUCCCGAUGGCACGUAUGCCCCCCAGACUGACAAGAUGGCGUCUGUCUUCUACACGGUGGUCAUCCCCACCCUCAAUCCAGCCAUCUACAGCCUCCGUAAUGCCGACGUGAAGCAAGCGGUCCGGAGGAGAUUCAGUAAGCAGAGACACCAAACCCGCUGCUUCUGA